UCUUUAUACGUAAAACCUGCUGGUUUUACUACUAAAUGUAGCAGUUUGCUUGUUAAAGCCUAGCCUCGAUCUCAGCCGCAUUUUCUGAGGCCUUGUGAAGGAAGCUAGCUGAAUCCGGCCGUGCCCAAAACAUAAAAAGCCUGAGGUACUGUAAAAAGUCAAGUGCAUGGGGCCACCUCUCUGAUCCUGGAGCCACAGCCGAUCUAGUCCAGGAAAAGUCAAAGCUUCCCCAGUUUCAGCUUUAUCCAUGCAGAAAGGGAUCAUAAUGUCACACAACACAAUGGCAUAAAUAAACUGGAUUGCUUUUUAGUAGAGACUACAACAAAUAUUGCCACUUGGGCUUCUUCUUGGUAUAGUACUAGCUUGGUGGUGUUAAUAAUAUUCUGCUCAACAUAGUUCUGUAUAAUGCGCAAGCCACUUGUGGUUUGUGCUAAUCAGACCUACCAGAGUUACAUGUACCUCUAAACAACAGUGUACACAACUACUAUAAGUGUUUGUGAUAUCACCCUGAGAAAGUAUGGAGUGGAAUAUGCGUGGGUGUCUGGACACUCGUAUUCAUGCACUCCUGACAAUUGCAUUUGACAAUAGUUUAAACUACUACCUCAUCUCUGACCUCAUAUUAGAUAAGGCUACAUGGAUAUACACUCGUUGCAUGAUCUAUAUUGCUACUCCAAGAGAAAGAAAGUUUUAGUCCAUAUAUAUAUAUAUAGAUUUAACGACUGGAAUUAAUUAUAGCUAGAGUCUAACAAAUUGUCAUGAUUGUGAGUGUUUUGCUUAUUGUACUGGCUACUCUAGCUGGUUCAACCACCUCUGUACACUAUCGCAUAGUCCCUGUCAACGCCACUUCCUUGUGUAAGGGCUACCCCAAUGGAACCUGCUUCACUCUAAAGCAACUUUCCUCCGAAAUUAAUGCUACUGGAAAUAGAAACAUUACGAUAAGUUUCCUUCCCAGAGAGCACCUUCUCGACUGGAAAAUGAGUUUUGUUACCAGUGAAAUGAAUACUAUGUCAAAAACACACAAUGGGUUAAUAAAUACUGUCACCCUUAAUAGUGAACAACUGGACAACACCUCCAGUAAUCCUGUUAAAAUCAUGUGUACUCUUCCAAAUGCUGGAAUCUCUGCUGCAGGCUUACACACAUUCACUGUACAAGGACUGAUGAUUUACGGAUGUAAGAGAGACACAUAUGGUGGGGCUAUCUCUGUUACAGGAGGAAAUGUGUUUAUCACUGAGACUCACUUCAUAAAUAAUCAUGUGAUGUCAGAAUAUAAUGAGGGAUCAGGAGGCGCAAUAUACUUAAGCAAUGCAAACGUUAUGAUAUUGAACAGUGUUUUCACCAACAACACAGCUUUUGCUAUGACCUUGAUUGGGAAUGUUAACUCAAUGUCAUGUAAAUUUAAACAUUUUAGUGUGUUUGGUGGUGGGGCAAUCAACCUACUGACUAGCAAUGUUUUGAUUCAUGGUUGUGAUUUUGAUAGUAAUAGAGCAAAAUGUGGUGGUGCAUUAAUCAUCAACAGUCUUGGAUCACAUACCAACAUAAGCAACACAACAUUCAGAGGAAAUUAUGCCGAACAAGGAGGUGCCAUUUACAACUACAAUGUGAGAAUACCCACUAACAUUGUUGGCACUUCAUUCAUCAAUAAUAGUGCGAGUAGUGGAGGAGCUAUUUUUACUUUAGCACAGCUACAGAGUAAAGACUAGUCUCGCGAGCAGACUUGUCCUAGAGGGAACGUCUGGUAACUAUUGCAGCAAUUCCAUGGCACUGAGGAAUGUAGUCACAUGCAAGAUAUUUGUUAAUUAACCAAAUUCACAUGUAGACAAAUAUUUUCAUUCGCAGCUAGCUAGCUCUUGCUUGGUCUGAGCUCCUUGUACCGAGUCAACACUAAAAUUAGCCUUUAAUUUGCUAGAGUCAAUAAUCCUUCUUUUCACGUUCAUUUUAUGCUAUAAUAGGAAAAUAUACGGGGUGUUACCUGCCCACUAUGAUGUGAACAAAUCUGAUUGGCGCUGCCAACAUUCUGGCAGGGGUUCACAGAAUUGCUGCAAUAGUGACCAGACGUUCCCUCCCUCCCACAUCUGCUCACGAGACUAAGUAAAGACAGCGUGUAUGAGAAUAAUACAGCAAAACAUGGAGGGGCGAUGUAUAUCACUAUAUUCAGUGUAACAGACAUUCAAGUGUCAUUUUUCAACAGCACAUUGUUCUGUAGCAACACCGCUGAAUUUGGGGGAACCAUCAAAAUGAUUUCUGGUACUAUCCGUUUUCAGCCAUAUUCCGAAACAUUUAUUACUCAGAACAAUGCUAUUUAUGGUGGUGGAAUAUACCUUGAGCAAAGCAUUUUAGUCGGAACAAAAUUGGAAAUAAAACACAACAGAGCAAACAAUGCCGGAGGUGGAAUCUAUGCUUUCGCUAGUGUUAUUGAAAUUGUUGAUUGUUAUUGUUACAACAAUCAGAUUUGUAUGACACACAUUUCACACAACCAGGCAAAUAAUGGAGGUGGUGCUUACCUAACUGCUUCAAGUGUUCGACUAUUACAAAGUUUAAUAACUAUUGAGAAUAACGUUGCCAGUCAAUAUGGUGGAGGUAUUUAUCUAGAAGAAAACUCAAAGAUGAUUUCAUAUGCAGUAAACUUGAAUGGUAGAUCUACAUUGCAUUUCGUUUUAAAUAUCACCAGUAACAAGGCUCUGAGAGGAGGAGGUGUGUACGUGUCUGACAGUACUAAUGAGCUGAUUUGUGAAGGCAUUCAUUCAUUGCGUUCUUCGGAAGUAAAUCUCAGUUCAAAGCAAUGUUUUUUUCAAAGCAUCCUGUUUGUACCUCAGUCGAGUUACUUCCUCAGUAUAACAUUUUCUAAUAACAGCGCAACUGAGACUGGCAGUGACAUUUAUGGUGGACUUCUGGACAGGUGUACUAUCAGCCCUCUGGCUCAAAUAGUUUCAGCAAAUCACGAGUACAAAAUUAAUGGCAUUUUAUACCUACAGGGUAUUGGAGGAUUUGAUUGGGCUCAAACAAAAGUAGUCUCUCGAGUUCCAUGCCUUGGAAACGUAACUCAUGGAGUUGUUACCAAUGUAUCAGAAUUUUAUAACCACAUCUCCUCAGACCCGGUUAGAACCUGUUUCUGUGUAAACAAUGCUUUAAACUGUAGCUACAUACAUCCCACCAUCUACAAAAAGAAAGGAAUGAGAUUCACACUGAAUAUUGUUGCAGUAGACCAGAUUGGCAUACCAGUAAAUGCCAAACUCAUUAGCUCACUCCACUCAGAGAAUAAAGGAAUCGGGACCCGGAGACUCAAAGAAGGUCAACAGCAUAGAGACAUAGAGGGUCACUGCACAGAGCUCGAGUACAAUGUUUUCUCGUAUGAGAGUUCAGCUGUAUUAGAACUAUAUGCUGAUGAUCCUUGUGCAAAUCAAGGGAUAUCCAAGAAAAAUGUAAAUAUCACAUUCAUACUGUGUACAUGUCCAAUUGGAUUGGAAGAAAAGGUUGAAGACCCUAUUGAUUGCUCAUGUGUCUGUGCUACUAAAUUAAAACUAUUUAUCAGCAACUGUUCACAAGAGAACGAAACUAUUCAAAUCAAUUCCAAUGUGUGGAUCGAGAGUAUUAGCUGCUCUAAUUCUACCACAUACUUGGAUGACACUAAUUCCACCUUCUGUUAUGUCACCCAUGACUGCCCAUUUGACUACUGCUUGCCAAAACCAGCCAUCAUCCGUCUGAAUAAUACUGAUACACAGUGUGACUUUGACAGAACUGGAAGACUUUGUGGUGAAUGUCCACAGGGACUCAGUUUAGUAUUUGCCAGCUCAAGAUGUCAACAAUGCUCCAACUACUCCUUAUUCCUGCUCUUGCCCUUUACUCUAGCUGGCAUUGCAUUGGUAGCAUUCAUUAUGCUACUCAAUAUGACAGUUGCAACAGGGACCAUUCACGGGCUUAUCUUUUAUGCUAACGUUCUAGCAGCAAAUCGUUCAAUUUUUUUACCAUUCAACAAACCAAACUUUCUUACUGUCUUUAUAUCAUGGUUGAAUCUCGACUUAGGAAUUGAGACUUGUUUUUAUGAUGGAAUGAACUCGUACGAAAAAGUGUUGCUACAAAUUGUUUUCCCAGCCUAUUUGUUUUUUUUAAUAAUCGUUAUCAUGGUGUUGUGUAACUGCUUCCAAAGAAUAGCACAUCUGCUCAGCAAAAGGAACACCGAAGCUACACUCUAUACUCUCACGUUACUUUCUUACUCUAAACUGGUUCGGAUUAUCAUCUCAGCCCUCCAAUUGAACUAUUCCGAAGGCGAGCGCAUAUUUUGGCUAUAUGAUGCAUAUGUACCAUACUUCAGGGCUAGUCAUGUCCCACGAUUUCUAGUAGCUUUUUUCAUUAUCAUUCUUGGCUCUAUCUACACCACAUUGCUCCUUUUUGGUCAGUUGUUGCAAUUUUUCUCUGAGCACCGAGUUAUGAAAUGGACAACUAACAUUCACUACAUUUAUUUUAUGAAAGCACAUCAUGCUCCUUUCUCAGACAAGCAUCGCUAUUGGGUGGGACUGUUGCUGCUUGCUAGGCUGGUUCACUACCUCAUAUCAGCUUUCUCUAAUAACUCUAUCAUUGUACUCUCGGUUUCAACGAUGACGGUGUUGCUGCUAUUUCAUAAAUUAGCAUGCAAGCAUAUUUACAGUGCUUGGUCUGUUGACCUUUUGGAAAUAGUUUUUAUGCUCAAUUUAACAAUUCUUUCUACUUCAACCUUUUUCAUUAGGGAGACGAGUCAUUCUUCAGACAAUCAAAAAGUGUUGGCCCUUGUGUCAAUGUCAACAUCGUUUAUCGUUUUCCUAGGUAUUGUACUCUACCAUAUGCUAGACACAUGUGGAGUGAAGUCAAGCAAGCUAUCUCAAGUAGUACUAGCAGUACUUCGAAAACGCCAACACUACCUGCCAAUCCCAAUCACAGAGAUAGAUGGAGAUAUAACAGAUGAAAGUGACCCUGCUCAUUAUGUCAACCCAAUAAUCAGAUCUGCCAUGCCUGCUGAUCAGCUGAGAGAGCCAGCCCUUGAUGUCCUGACUCCCGUGCAGCCAGAAGACUACAAUACACCUGCUACUCCAACACUACGUAGAGAGAAGCUCACAUUCUCUGAAAUUGAAAUCAGUUCCUAGGAAAGUGUGAUGUAACACAUGAUAAAUUAUGAGUACAUAAUAUUUUUGGACGGAGUGUGUUUUGUGUUCACUGUAUGUUUUUACACUGUAUAUAGUGAUUCAAUUUGCGAUGUGGUUUGGUAUUAAAACAAUUUCUACAGCA